CACUCAUCAGAUCAGAUCCUGUUCCUCCUCCCGCUCUAGGGUUUUGCAUCGGUCUCAAUGGCGUCCUCCGCCGCCGCCACCGUCACGCUCGGCGGCAAGGGCGCCGCCUUGUCGCCGGCCGCCGUCUACGCGCUCUCCCUCGGCCUCGCCUCCCCCGCCAUCGACGCCUCCGCCCUGAAGCCGCUCUCCACCCGCGCCCCCUCGCCGCAGGAGACCCCCGCCUCCCUCGGCGCCGCCCUGGCGGCGCUGGCGCCGGCCGAGUCGCGCGUCGCGGCGGCGGUGCUCCUGAACAAGCUCCUCCUCACCGCAUCCGACUCCUCCUCCGCGCUGGUCACUGCCGCCACCGCCACCCGCCUCGCGGAGUCGCUCGACGUCGCCGCGGCGCUGCCGCUGGGGUCCCGCGACGAGGCCGCCGUGGCGGCGGCCUCCGCGCCCGUUGCCGUCGCGCUCGCGGCCCUGAUCGACUGCUGCGCCACGCCGCUGGCCCGCGUCGCCGACGCCGUCGCCGCGCUGUCCUGCGAGGCCGCGCGCGGGGACGCCGCGUCAUUCGACGUGCCGGCGUCCGGUGACGGGCUCUCCGCCAAGGACGAGGCGGACGUCGCCGCCGACAUCAAGAUGCUCGUCUUCGGCUCCAAGCUCGUCGGCAGCGCCGGAGGUGCCCCCGCCCCCGCCGCCGCCACGUUCGCCAAGGUGCCCACCGUGAACGGGAUCUUCCGCGAGGCGGUGCGCGCGCUGCACGCGAGGGUGCGGAUCGAGCUCAACGCCCCGGUGAAGUUGGGGAAGAGGGAUGCGGGCGAAACUGGUGCAGGAAAGGAGGAGGCGUUGGUUGUGCUGGCCACGCAGCUCGCGAGAGCAGUGCAGGCAUUGUGCAAGAUGAGCGUUGCUCGGGCAAGACUCUGCGCAGAGAGCAUUGCUGAUGCUGAGCUUCGGGAGAAACUUACUGGUGGCGUCAGCAUUGAUGAUUUGAAGGGGAUGCUUGACAGGGUUUUGAUUGAUUCAGAUGCAGUGUCGGUCCUGAAGGGGGUGUACAACCACUUGCUUAAGUUCAGGGACUUCCUUGCUUGGGAGGCAGCUGUGGCAAUGGCGGUGAUCGAAGGGGACAGUUCAAUUGAGAAGCCCCAAGCUGCUGUUGAGAACGAAGUGGGCAGUUCAGCUGAGAAGCCACAGGCUGGUGGUGAGAAAGCGAAGGGUGACAAGAAGAGCAAGAAGAAGAAAACUCUGGGGAAGGGCACUUCUGCUGUGCUGAUGCUGCUUAAGGACCAUCUAAACAAUGGAGGUGCUAUUGCUUCCGUGAAUUCUGCAUUGGUUGCAGAGUGGGGGACCUCUCUCUCAUUGUUGUUUGACCCCAAGUGUCCCGGAUUGGAGUGCCUUGUGGAGAAGGUGAAGGAGAUUGUUGAGAGCAAUGAAGUAAGGAGGUUGCCUAAAAUUCCUAAGGGUACACGCGACUUUGGGAAAGAGCAAAUGGCGAUAAGGGAGCGUGCAUUUUCAAUUAUAACAGGUGUAUUCAAGAUGCACGGUGCUACUGCUCUUGAUACACCUGUAUUUGAGCUGAGAGAAACCCUUAUGGGCAAAUAUGGUGAAGAUUCGAAGUUGAUAUAUGACCUCGCUGAUCAGGGUGGUGAGCUUUGCUCUUUGCGUUAUGAUCUGACUGUUCCGUUUGCCCGAUAUGUUGCGAUGAAUAACAUAAGCGCACUGAAGAGAUACCAAAUAGCAAAAGUAUAUAGGAGAGAUAAUCCAUCUAAGGGAAGGUAUCGGGAAUUCUAUCAAUGUGACUUUGACAUUGCUGGUGUAUAUGAACCUAUGGAACCGGAUUUUGAGGUCAUCAAAGUUUUGACUGAAUUGCUGAAUCAGCUGGAUAUUGGAACAUACGAGAUAAAAUUAAAUCACAGAAAGUUGCUUGAUGGAAUGUUAGAAAUUUGUGGUGUGCCUGCUCAAAAGUUCAGAACAGUUUGCUCGAGCAUUGACAAGCUGGACAAGCAAACAUUUGAACAAGUGAAAAAGGAGCUGGUGGAUGAGAAAGGUAUAUCAAAUGAAACUGCAGAUGAAAUUGGCAAUUUAGUGAAGACUAGAGGACACCCAUUGGAAGUUUUGCUGGAGCUGAGGAAGGAGGGUAGCAAGUUCAUGCAGAACGAAGGGUCUGUUGUUGCACUGAAUGAACUUGAGAUAUUAUUCAAAGCUCUGGAGAAAGCAAAUGCGUUAGACAGGAUUGUUUUUGACUUAAGUCUGGCUAGGGGCCUUGAUUACUAUACCGGUGUUAUAUACGAAGCUGUGUUCAAGGGUGCCACACAGGUUGGCUCCAUUGCAGCUGGUGGUCGGUAUGACAACCUUGUGGGUAUGUUUAGCGGUAAGCAGAUCCCUGCUGUUGGUGUCAGCCUAGGAAUAGAGAGGGUCUUUGCAAUCAUGGAGCAACAGGAGAAAGAAAGAAAUGAGACGAUCCGUGCUACAGAGACAGAGGUGCUGGUGUCAAUCCUUGGAAAGGACCUUACACUGGCUGCUGAGCUGGUGAGCGAGCUGUGGAGUGCUGGAAUAAAGGCAGAGUUCAAGCUCACUACCAGGGUGACGAACCACAUCAAGUAUGCCUUGCAAUCAGGCAUUCCUUGGAUGGUGCUGGUUGGUGAGUCUGAGAUGCAGAAAGGAAGUGUGAAGUUGAAGGAUGUUAAAGCCAACCAGGAAGAAGAGGUUGACAGGAAGGAUUUUGUUCAAGAGCUGAAGAAGAGAUUGAGUAAACCCUAAAAGGGAAGUUUUAGGCGUUGAUCUCAUAUCUUUUUUGGCACCCAUUUUAGGCGAGUGAGUCCAAAAGUUGGGGAAAUGACAUUCCAACAUUUGGAUUUAAACUGAUGGGAGUGUUUUAGUCAGGUUGGCUUCACUUGUGGUGGUGAUUCGAAUCCCUGAAUUCCAAUGCAUUGUACUGAAUCAGGCUGCGCCAUUUUGUGAAUUAUACAAGCAUGACAAAGCUUUCCCUUUU